GCCUGCCAAAAAGCAAUGAGAUCGCUGGAGGGGAAGCCUGGAACCCAAGCUACCUGCAGCGAUCGGAUACUCUCCCGCCGCAAGAGCACAGCCCGUACUACCCAUCAUGGCAGCGAUGGUGCCCCUUGAUGAUCAGAUUUUCAACGCAGUGGGGACCACCGGCGGCAUUAUACUCGCAUGCGCCUUGGUGCCACAAAUUGUCCUCGCCCACAAACGCCGCUCGGCGGAGGACAUCAGCUACAUGUGGCAGGCUAUCUACGUCACGGGACUGGCGACGUUGAUGAUUUACUACGUGCACUUCGGACUUUGGGCAGUUUUUUUUCCUGUCGCGGUUGAAUGUUCGUGCCUCAUCUAUCUCACCGCCUUGAAAAUGUACUUCGAGAAGUUCGCCAGUGGAGAUGGAAUCUCGGAAAAGCUCACACCAUCGUCCCAUGUCGUCGGCGAGGGCACCGGCAUCAAUUCCGCACGAGACGCUGGUCGAAGCCCCCAGAUCGGUAGAUACGGCGCCGCCGGGUGUGCUUCCUCGCCGGAGAUUUCCCUAAGAGCAUGAUGGGCGUUGUUCCGAAAAUUUUCACGUCUGGAGUAUGCAGGAAACAGGGGCACGCUAGAAGUGUGCUGUUGAAGAGACGCGAGGCCAUGGCUUCCCAUGCCGGGGCGAGGCGUCGCCAACUGUUUCCGCGGAUCAACUAGGGAGUGUCGGAAGUGGGAGGGAAACGGGUAUGACGGUCAUGAUCAAUCGUUGGCAAUUCUAUGUGGAACGCCGUUUUUUUCACCGAAGUUAGCGUCUCUUUCGAGACUGGAACGAUUCCCUACAGCUAACGAGAUCGGGAGUGGGGGGUAUACCUUUGACCGGAGAGUACUGCCUCUGAACCCACGGCCCUUUGUUCUUGGUUGGUGAUACGUCUACGAGCUGGUAGGUGGACGUUGAACGUGUUUUUCGAUACGCCGCCGCGCAGUGGGUGCUUUGUUGGACCCGCGUACGCGGUGCACCAUGGAGGUUUGAACGGGGCGCUGCAUCUCCGACGGAUUUGCCCGGCACCUGAGCAGAAGCAACGACACAUUAGCCUACCACUCAAUUAGUCGGCGGGUGCUUGGGACCCGAACCUGUGCACGGGGUACUUAAGCAGCUGCUUUUGCUAUUCAUUGUAGUAUUUGUUUUUUCGUGAUGAUAACUGACGUUCCAGCUGGUGGUACACGUGCAACCAAGCGGUACCCCAGCAGUGGUGAGCUAGUGUAUUUUCGCCGGUCGCUUCGGGUAGGGGAAUCGAAGAGGAGAGAGCGAGAGGUCUCGAUCUCCUCCUGGCUCGAUACGACCCCUAUUCUAUUGGGUCGGUUCAUCUUUCCCUGAGAAACGCCUCGUUGUAUCUUGCAUCUAGCACGUUUUGUUCUUUCAUCUAACCACCAUCCUUUGAUAUCUGUCGUGGUUUGAGUUAAGGAUUCGAUCUCAAAACAUGACACGAUCCUUACAUUACAAUAGAGAAGAGGGGGGGGGAGNACCACCAUCCUUUGAUAUCUGUCGUGGUUUGAGUUAAGGAUUCGAUCUCAAAACAUGACAUGAUCCUUACAUUACAAUAGAGAAGAGGGGGGGGAAAAGAGAGGGAAGGGGGAGGGGGAGAGAACGAGAGAGAGAAAAAGAGAGGGGAGGAGGAAAGGGAGAAAAAAAUAUAGAGAAAUAGAUAUAUAUAGAGAGCGAGACAUAAGAUCGCAUGUGUCUGGCGGAUUUCGUUUUCGUCGUGUGAAAUGUAUGUUGUUGUCAGCUGGUUUGUGGACAGGUGGAAGCGUCAACCUGUUAUGGUUAUGCUGGACGUUUGACUACACUUUUUGGAUGUGUGUGGACGCACCAACCAGGGUCUAUUGCCCUCGCCGUUCUGCAGUGCUCUCCUUGAAAUGUUACGUGGAGAAGGAUCAACCAUUCCCAUGUGUGUCGAACAUGAAGUAUGUAGUUGUGCAUUUGCCACUGUUGUAUGGGCGUGAUGUGGAGGACCUCUGGUUCUUCGAUCGAGCAUACUAUAACCGUAUCGGCCAUGUUAUCGGUGCAUCAGCAAGAGUUUCAGGAUCAAGAUCUCUGUUGCGGUGUCUUCGGAAUGCCUGCCUCCGUGUAAAGAACCCCCUCAUUUGUUGCAUACUUCAUGGUUGACUGUCUCGAUGAUUCCAAAUAGGUUGGCAGCAGCAGCGGAUAAUCUUCCCCCCCCCUGAUCGACCUCCCCCCCGGUGUUU